UUUACAGAGUACAAAUCGACACUGUCUAUUUCUAGUGGUUAUUGCCUGCAACUUAUGAUGGAACGUGUAGUUGGAGUGCUUAUUCUGUCACUGGCAAUCCUUCAAGCUGUUUCGGCGAAGGAUAACAGAUGCGAAGGAAAAAAUUAUUUUGAUGUAUGCGAUGAGAAUAAAUGGUGUAUUUGUCCGAGCUUACUUAUAGCAGUAGAUUUGACAAAUAAUCCACUGAAAGCAUGUGACAAAGGUCAGAUGGUAUGCAGAUUCUGGCCAUGCUGGAAUUAUUUUGAUUUCGGCGUCCCUCAACGACCAAGGAAGGGACCAAAGGGUGAAUUCAUUACAUGCAGUUCUGACGACCAAUGUACGAAAGGGAGUGACCGUUGUACACCUGACGGAUAUUGCUGCACCGACACACCAAUAUGGCCACCUAAAUAAUGUUAGAUGUCAAAGCUUUCAACGGAGACGAUCGGAAUUACAAACUUCUUGCUAUGACUUAUAUAUAUUUCAAUCUUACUCUAUGAGACAUCAAAACAUUCUCUUUGAUAUAAGAUCAUAGAUUUAAUAAAAUUACUCAGCAUCU